AUGGACUUGCGACGCUGGAGCUUCGUCGUCACGGCGCUAUUGCUGCCACAGAUGCUACGAGCGUCUGAUAUCAAGCGCUUUGUGCUCUCAUGGACAGGCAGAUCAAAAAACAUUUCACCACAUCAGACGCUGGUGCCGCUGGAACUUUCAUCCGCUGCAAUGACGGAUCUUUUGCCGACGUCCCAGAACUUCCUCUCGCCCAUCGAGUUGGAUACGUACGUAAACGGCGCCGAGUGGAAGCUGAACCAAUGGAGUGUACCAUUGUCAAAAAUAUUGACGCAAUCAAGUGGUAGUGACCAGUCGGUGGUAGUGGACGUGCAGUUCGAUGACGCUAUGGAUGUAAACGUCUCGAAGCUGGUGAUCCAAGCGGACAAUAAACCAAAAGACGUGGAUGUGUCGCUCACUUUUGGGACUAAUGCACUCUCUGGACUCAAAGAGCUGAAUCUGGUUCAUGUGGUUAGUAUGAAGACCACGUUUGAGAACAAAUGGCUGCCUGAAGGAGUGAAGCUGAAUCAUUUGAUCUUUGAUAGAGCUACGGUGGAAAAAUUGGAGCUGGAAACGUCGGUAACGAUACAGCAAGUGGUGAUCCGUCAUUGCAACUUGUCAUUUCCUACGGCAGUAUUGGAAUUAGAUACAGCAGUCAAGUCACUGAUUUUAGAGCACAAUACGAUUGUGGGACCUAUCGUGUUGACGAAGAAUGAGUACGCUCAGCUGUCGAGUAUCUCGGACUUCAAAGCGACUGCGAAUAUUGUCGACUUGUUAAGUAGUGGGUCGACGUCGUGUGUUAUGGAAGAAACGAUCGGUGGUCUGACAAUUUGUAUUGCCAACGACGUGCAAAGUAAGGCUCGCUCAUCUUAUAGCAAUAAGAAUGCCACUGGAUCUCUCGAAACACAGUCAGCUAACACCACUAGUACUCGGGCUGCUUCGUCAGUUAGCGCUAUUAUGAUGGUGAGUGCGUGCACGUUGGCUCUAGUAGUGGUUCUGUCUUUCUUCCAUCGAUUCAAGAGGAAGGCGAGCAGAUUUGUCGACGAGCGACUGACGUUUUCCAAUCGUGAGGACGGCUUGCUUACCGGUAGGGAAGUCGAGACGGGGUCGCAGCUUGCAGUAACGGGUGACGCAAAAAUCUUGGCAGAUAUGGAUCUCGGCAAGAAUCAGGUGAUACUUCACAAGAAAUUAGGGAUGCAAGGUCUGUGGCUUGGUGUAUACAAGGAAACCAAUGUUGUUGCGCUAAGGUUUAUACCUCAGGAGCUGCACAUGUCUCUCAAGGAACUUAAUGCUGUCCGGAUGUCGUAUGUUCCGUUUCGACAUGAUAAUAUCGUGCGCUUCUUGGGAACUAGCUGGACAGAUCGCGAAGAGAUUCUUAUAGUGGUGGAACACAUGCCGAUGGGCAGCUUAAGAUCGGUAUUGGCAGAUGAGGAAAUCCAUCUUUCAUGGCCUAAGCGGCUUCAAAUGAGCAAAGAUAUUUGCAGCGGAUUGAACUUCGUGCGUUCGAUUCAGGGAACCAAGUUGUCUCGAAAUUUGACGGCCAAGAGUGUGCUUCUUGACGAGCAGUUUAGUUGCAAGCUGGAUAUUUUCGACUACGCCUCGAGUCUGCGGACAGAACUAGUGCCUGCUCGGUCGUUUGGCAACGGAGACAUAGCAUCACGGGCACCUGAAUUGCUCAAAGGAGAUAAUAUCACUGAUGCCGCUGAGGUAUACGCGCUCGGUGUUAUUUUCUGCGAGAUCUCGUCACGGAGCAAGCUGUUUCAGUACGUUUCUGAGGAACGUGGGCCCACUAUGGCUGAUGUUUUUAUUGCGACCGAGGUGGUUGCGCGGCGAUUGGAACCGUUGCCCGCAGAGGACGCUCCGGCUGACUUUCAAGCGUUGGCUCUGCGAUGUAUCCGCUACGAGCCGUCAGAACGACCGAAAUUGAGCGAGAUUUGUAGCAUGAUUUCUGAGUACAGUAUAUAA